UGUUCUAAUAUAUUUCAGGCCGACAAGAUGGAGGAAAAGAUGGAGCUAAGUCCAAUACAAAAGUUUUACAGUGGGAAAAUAAUUUUCGUGACAGGCGCCUCAGGGUUCAUGGGCAAGGUCCUGCUGGAAAAAUUGCUGUACCGAUGUAGCGAUUUGACCCGGAUUUAUAUUCUGCUGAGAGCCAAGCGAGGACGAUCACCGGAAAUGAGACUUGAUGAUAUGUUAAAGUUGCCGGUAUUUGACAGAGUUCGGACGAAUAAACCUCACGUGCUGAGCAAAAUAAAAGUACUACCUGGUGACAUUCUUGAAAAAAAUUUCGGGUUGAGUGAAUCCCAGCAAAAUCUUCUAAUUAACGAAGUUGAUAUAAUUUUCCACUUUGCUGCAACACUCAAGUUAGAAGCGAAGCUAAAAGACGCCAUUGAAAUGAAUGCGAUCGGUACAGCUGCGGUUUUGGAACUCGCUAAGAAGAUUCCAAAAUUAAAGGCCUUUGUUCAUCUGAGCACCGCGUUUUGUCACGUUGAUCAAGAAGAACUGGGCGAGUGUGUUUAUGAUUCUCCUGAAGAUCCAAAUGAGGUUAUGCGUAUGACUCAAUGGCUGAAGCCUGAAGCUCUGGAACUUUUAACUCCCAAAUUAUUGGAACCACAUCCUAAUACUUACACGUACUCAAAACGGCUGGCCGAAACCCUGGUGGCAAACGAAUACCCCAAGUUGCCUUGUGUCAUAGCUCGGCCCUCUAUCGUGACUCCAUCGUGGGAAGAACCGGUUCCAGGAUGGGUAGACAGUUUAAACGGCCCGGUAGGUAUCAUUGUGGGCGCUGGAAAAGGAGUUAUCCGUUCGGUCCAUUGCAAUGGACACUACCAUGCCCAAUUAAUUCCUGUAGACUUGGCAAUCAAUGCUCUAAUUGCUAUCAGCCAAACAAUUGGUACUACUGAACAAAGACCAAAAAAUAUUCCAGUUUACAAUAUUACCCAGAGUGGAGUCCGGCCAAUAAGUUGGGCAGAUGUUGUCCAAAAAGGGAAAGCAAUUGCCUACAAUUAUCCGUUUGAAGCCGGAAUUUGGUAUCCUGAUGGCGAUAUUAGGAGCAGCAAGUUUAUCCAUAACCUUUUUGUUUUAUUUUUUCAUAUUUUGCCGGCAUAUUUCAUCGAUUUCUUAUUGUUAAUUUUCCGGCAGAAACGUUUCAUGGUACACAUUCAAAAGCGUAUAAGUGAUGGACUAGAAGUCCUUCAGUACUUUACCACUCGCGAGUGGUGUUUCCGGAACGAGCAGUUGAUAAAAUUAUGGCAACAAAUGCAUCCAUUGGAUAAAAAAUUGUUCUCCAUAGAUUUCUUCGCCGUGGAAGAAGCUGAGUACAUAAAAAACAUUAUUUUGGGCGCGAGGGUCUACUGCAUGAAAGAAAAAUUAGAAACUUUGCCUCGCGCUCGCUUUCAUCUAAAAAUACAGUACGUGGUGCAUCUAUUAGCAGUCUACGGGUUUUAUUUUGGUGUGGCUUGGCUGAUUGUAAAGAAUUUUGAGUCGGCUCGUCUUUGCCUCGAUUUUGUAACCGAAAAAAUGAAGUUAUUGCCAAUAAUUGGCCGGUUUGUUGAAAAGAUAGCUCCGGUGCUCAAGUAA